AUGGGCAAGAAACGCGUUCUAGUUGGCUACGGUGUCGAUACUGAUGAGUGGCUGGCUGGCUGGGUUCGUCUCUGGGCCGGCCAUAUAGGAACCACUCGACUCCUCAAAUUAUUCGAGAAAUACAACAUCAAGGCCUCCUGGUUCAUCCCAGUGCAUUCGCUCGAGACCUUCCCCGAGGAAUGCGCGAAAGUCCGAGAUGCAGGUCGCGAGAUCGGUCUGCAUGGGUACUCACACGAGAACCCAGCCAGCAUGAGCAAAGAGCAGCAACUGGAAAUCCUCGAUAAGACCUACAAGAUGCUAACGGAGUUCUGCGGCAAGCCGCCACGCGGCAUUGUCGCGCCGUGGUGGGAAGCCAGUGCGGAGAUGGUCGAGUUGCUGCUUGCGUAUGGUAUUGAGUACGAUCACUCUAUGUCGCAUGAGGAUUGCCAGAUGUACUGGUUGCGGACGGGUGAUUUGUGGAUGAAGAUUGAUUAUUCGAAGAAGGCUGAGACAUGGAUGAAGCCGCUUGUCAGGGGUGAGAUGACGGGGUUAGUAGAAAUCCCGGGAAGCUGGUACAUUGAUGACCUGCCGCCGAUGAUGUUCAUCAAGAACCCGGCGAAUAGUCAUGGGUGGGUGAAUCCGAGAGAUGUGGAGGAUAUUUGGAAGGUUGAUGCUCCACUUUACUGCGCUUUUCUUGCCUCUGUUUUACUUCCUUUUGCCUGCUUUAUUAUAGUGAUCCUACAUUGGUCGAGUCUGACAUGGCAUUGGAAUAAGCAUGGCUGGCUGACAAUGACCAUCCCCUAUCAGGAUCAUUUCGACUACUUCUACGGCGAAUACGGCGAGUUUGUUUUCCCGAUGACGAUCCACCCAGAUGUCUCUGGGAGGCCUCAUGUGCUCCUCAUGCAUGAAAGAAUCAUUGAAUAUAUCAAUCAGCAUGAGAGUGUCGGAUGGGUGACAUUCGAGCAGAUGUGUGAUGAGUUUAAGAGAAACAAUGAGCCGCCGCCUGGGGCAUUGAUGCCGGCGGCCCGGGGAAGUGUACCCUGA